ACUAAUAAACCAAAAAGAAGACGUCGUUCUCUGCCAUUUUCUUAUUCGAUUAUGAUCACACAGGCCAUAUUAUCUUCCACAAAUCACCAAAUGACAUUAAGAGAUAUUUAUCUCUGGAUUUCCACACGGUACCCAAAUCUUUACAGUGAUAGUGAAACAGGAUGGCAGAACACUAUUCGUCACAAUUUAUCACUGAAUCGCAUAUUUAAGAAAGUUCCACGACAGGAUUCUGGUUUACCUGGGAAAGGAGGAUAUUGGACUAUCGACCUUCAAUAUUUUGAUUAUGAAACUUUUCGCCAAAAG